AUGGAUUCUUCAUCCGUUUCAAAUCGGCUCGACAUAUUCGAGAUUUACCGGCGCUAUUGUGAAAUCACAUCAGAGGCAUAUGCUUUUGGAGAAGAUGGUUACAAACCAGUCAAUGAGUCAAAGAAAUCCGAACUAUAUAGAGAUGCAUUAUCCCAGCUCCUACAAGUAGUUGAGUCAAGAUUGGACAAAAGAAUGCCAAUACUUGAAGAAAUUCCUAUGCUCAUGUCAAGGCUUGAUUUGAUGGUAGAAUCAUGUGAAUUCUCACGUUUCUAUAACUUUAUGUUCUUCAUAUGCCGAGAAAAUGGUCAAAGAAGCAUAACUGUAAGCAGAGCAAUCAUUGCAUGUAAAUUAGUUUUAUCCGGAAGGUUCCAAUUACUCAAUCAAUGGUGCAGUUUUGUUGAGAAAAAUCAGAGGCACAAUAUCUCAGAGGACACAUGGCGACAAGUUUUGGCAUUUAGCCGAUGUGUUCAUGAAAAUCUUGAAUGA